AUCAGCCGGGCUAGGGGAACCUGCGCCGCCCCGGCACCGCAGUGUUGGGCCGAGGGCGUCUCGCCUGCGCUGUGGAGGGGAGCGGCCUUCCCAGGGAGGCGGCCAAAGCCUGCCGGAGCGACUUAUGGGUCUUGAGGCUUAAGUAUGGGUCUGGGGGGGUGUGUAUGAGGGGGCGCCCAGCGGCGGGGGCUGCGGUGCCGCCAGUCUCAGCUAUGCUCCUCGCCGCGUCGGCCGCCUCCUGUCCCCCCUGUGGCGCCGAGCCGAGCCGAACCGGGCUGCCGGCCCUACUCCUGCCCGGAACCGGGCCGAGGCCGCGCCCUCUUACCGGGGGUUAGCCCUCCACAACACGCCUGUUGCUCCCGAGCCCUUCCGCGGUUCAUCGUCAGAUAGGCUGGGGUGCGUCUGACCACGCUGCUGGCAUAUCGGUGCCUUCUACACAGCCUUACUGUAGAGUUAUUAAGGGGUUUUUUUAGGCACCUCCUUUCAUACUCAUGACAAAAAUGGCAGAAACAACCCCCGAUGCUUCUGAGAAGCUGGUUGUCAUCCACUCCAAAGCUCACAAAGAUACCAUUCUAGCUAAUUUUGAAGAACAAAGGAAAAAGGAUUUUCUUUGUGACAUUACUCUAAUAGUGGAGAAUGUGCAAUUCAGAGCCCAUAAAGCUCUACUUGCUGCCAGCAGUGAAUACUUCUCGAUGAUGUUUGUAGAUGAGGGUGAAAUAGCGCAGUCGAUUUACGUGUUGGAAGGAAUGGUCGCAGACACCUUUGGAGCGCUGCUAGAGUUUAUCUACACUGGUUGCCUCCAGGCCAGUGAGAAGAGCACAGAACAAAUUCUGGCUACUGCACAGCUGCUGAAAGUGACUGACUUGGUGUGGGCCUGCACAGACUACCAGGCCAGCCGUAGCUCAGGCAAUGUGUUACCAGCCCCAGUUGGUAACGGUGGAGUCUCUGUAGCUGUUGCUGCAAGCGACAAAAAGAACGACAGUCUGCCCAAGCGAAAACGUGGGCGGCCGAGGAAAAUCCAGAAUGUCCAAGAGGAAAAACUAGGAGCAAAUGCUGCUGAAGAUGUGCAGCUGAGAGAGAACAACUCCAUGCAAAAUAAGCAAAAUUUUAUGAAAAAAGAUACCGCAGCAGAGGAAACAGUUGAGAGCGAGCAGGCUCCAGUGAGGAAAGAUGCAGAGGAAAAUGAACCUGCUUGUGGCUCAGAAGCUGCCAUCGAUCUACCAGCUGAGAAAGAUGAGAAUUACGAUCCCAAGUCUGAAGGAAUACAGAGCACUCAGAGCCGUUACAGCAAACGUAGGUUAAGGAGAUCAAUCAAACUAAAAGAUUAUAAACUUCUUGGUGAUGAGGAUGAAAAAGGACUGGCAAAGAGAACUGAUGGAAAAAGAAAACGUGCGGGUUCUGAAGCUCGCUGUAAAGACUGUGGCAAAGUAUUUAAAUAUAAUCACUUCUUAGCUAUUCAUCAGCGAAGUCAUACAGGGGAGCGCCCUUUUAAGUGCAGUGAAUGUGGCAAAGGCUUUUCCCAGAAACAUUCCCUGCAGGUCCAUGAGCGGAUGCACACUGGAGAGCGGCCAUACACCUGUACAAUCUGCAGUAAGGCUCUGACAACAAAGCAUUCGCUUCUGGAGCACAUGAGCCUACAUACAGGGCAGAAGGCUUUUACAUGCGAUCAGUGUGGGAAAUACUUCAGCCAAAAGAGACAGCUCAAGAGCCACUACCGAGUACACACAGGCCAUUCGCUGCCGGAAUGUAACCAGUGUCGUCGCAAGUUCAUGGAUGCAGCUCAGCUAAAGAAACACCUGAGAACACAUACAGGUGAGAAGCCCUUCACUUGUGAAAUUUGUGGCAAAUCGUUUACAGCUAAAAGCUCUCUUCAGACUCACAUUAGAAUUCACAGAGGAGAAAAGCCAUAUUCUUGUGGUACCUGUGGAAAAUCCUUCUCUGAUUCCAGUGCAAAGAGAAGACACUGUAUCUUGCACACAGGCAAGAAGCCUUUCUCCUGCCCAGAAUGUAGUUUGCAGUUUGCUCGUCUGGACAACCUGAAGUCUCAUUUGAAAAUUCAUAGCAAGGAAAAGCAGUUUCAGGAAGCCAGGGCUGCUGCCCCAGGCGCCAACUCCAGCUCUGAAGAAGUGAGAAACGUCCUUCAGCUGCAACAGUAUCAACUGGCCACCUCUGGAGGGCAGGAAAUUCAACUGCUGGUUACAGACACGGUGCAUAAUAUCAACUUCAUGCCCAGUCACAAUCAAGGCAUAAGUAUUGUUACUGCAGAAAACGCCCCAAGUAUGACAACGGAGCAGGCUGCUAACCUCACGCUGCUUGCCCAGCCACCACAACAGCUCCAAAACAUACUGCUCUCAGCUCAGCAGGAGCAAGCAGAGCAAAUCCAAAACAUCAACAUGAUUGCAAACCAAAUAGAGGCUGCGCAGCCUGAACAAAUGCAUGUCAUCACUCUUUCCAAGGAAGCGCUGGAGCACCUCCAUGCUCAGCAGGGACAAAAUGAAGAAAUCCACUUAGCAGGGUCUUCGCGUCCAGCUCAGCACAUGCAGCUGACUCAGGAAUCAAGUCAGCAGUCUCACUCCAGCCAAGAUACAGCUUCUUCCCAUCAAAUCGAUGAAGAACAGAAUCGAAGCAUACACAUUUCUGAAUCCCAUCAGCAGUCUCUGUCAGUAAAUGAGUCAUCUCGUGAGCAUCCUAUUCAAGGACAGGCUUUCUGAAAUGCUUAUUUGCCAUUAGAGGGCUAGGCUGUAGCAUGCUUCUCACCCAAACAGUCAUCACUAGUGUCACACUUUGUUUUCUGCAGGGUAAUCUCUCUGAAGAGGCAUUUCUUGGUGAUUUUGAUGAGUUACUCUCAGUUUUCUUUUAUUUAUUUAAGACUUUUUUUAUCCCCAGAUUGGUAUUUCUCUACCACUUAGUCCGUACCUGUCAAGUGAUUAAUGUGGGCUUUUUAUGCCUCAUACCCAUCCAUGUCUACUGAGGAUAUAUUAGGCCCUUUAUUUGUGUUUCUGCGUGACUCCAAGAGAAGUUUACCUUGCUGGUAGAAGAACAGAGUUUAAGAUGUCUGCUGAUCAGAAAGUAUGACUUCUCUGAUGAAGUCAAUGUCACCUGAACUACUGUGAAGCUUCAGGUAACCAGUACACUGUUUGCACAGCUAAGGCCACGUGUCUUAGGAGCUUGCUCUCUGCAGGUUAAUGCAUCCUUUUCUGUGUGAUCAUUGCCUGAAGUGUAUUGUGAUUUAUUGACUACUAAAUUUGGUUUGGAUUGAAGUUGUUGCAACCUUUGACUGGCCCUGGAUUGUCCUUUUGCUCCACUGAAAAGCUCACGUUCUGCUCCAGUGGCUCUACCACUCGCUCUCUAUGUGAGUGUGGGCAAGAUGGGUGACCUCUGUGCCUUAUUUCAUCAUCCAGUAAGCUGAGGGAUAGCAUUCACAUGCUCUGCCAAGCACUUUGAAGGGCUCUUGAUGUCAAAGGCACUGUCUAUUGAAGUGCAAAAUUCUCUUCCUGAGGGGAUUCAGUCGAAGCUUAGGAGCCAGUGUAUAUUUAAAUCAUUAUUUUUUUGCCCUUCUGAGAGUAAGACCUACUGUUACUUUUAAUGUUAAUAUGUUAAAGCUGGUAAUUGUUUUUGUGGGGACUUAAGCAGUGAGCAGAAUCAUGUGAGAGGAUAAUGAGCUCCAUCAGUGGGGGUAUCAUGUGAAAGCUGUUUUUGCUGACUAGAUGAGGUGUGUACAGAUUGUUUUCAGUUGUGACUGAGUGACUGGCUGACUGGCUGCUAACAAAAAAAGAUUUGACACCUUAUUAAAAUACGUGCUUUGCAUUUUCAACUUUGGCUACUGGUACCAUCUCACACAGUGUACUAGAGUGUUAAAAUCCAGGUAAAAUGCCACUGCUACUUAAAGCAACCUGCUCAGUUCUCACUUCAGUUUUAAAAUGUCAUACUUGAGAUUUGAAUUGCCAUUUUGUGUUACAACAAGCAAAAAAUGUAAAAAUUAUGGUGAAUUUUAAAGCAAAACAAAAUAUUCUUUCUACAUGCUUGGAUUGUAUGACUGCCCAGAGAAAGUCACUGGCAUAAAAGCCCUGUGCAUCAAAUGGUAGAACAGUUUAAGAUGGAAGGGACUUCCAGAGGCCGUCUGGUACAUCACCUCCUCAAAGCAGAUGUGCCUAGAUCAUGUUGCUAUUGUCUGGUUGAGUUUUGAACACUUCCAGGGAUGGAGGUGUUAUUUGCAAUGAAAAAAAAGUAUUUCCCAUAUUUAACUGGAAUUCCCCAUGUUCCAGUUUGUCUCUGCUGCUUCUCAUCUACCACUGCACCUCCAAGAAGUGUCUUCUCCACACCCUCCCAUUAGGUAGUUGAAGACAGCAGUAAGGUCCUUCCAAAGCCACCUACUCCUAAGGCCUGAACAAAUGCAUCUUUCUCAGCCUUUUCUGGCACAUGCUCCAGCUCUUUCAGCACCUUGAUGGACUUCUACUGCCCUCAGUCCAGCGUGCCAAUGUCUGUUGGAAGCCCAAAUCCUUGAUGAUAUUUCUCAUUCAAGCCUGGACUGCUCAGCAAGCUCCUGACCAUGCAGGACUUUGGAUGCAAUCUUGGACUGAAAGGAAAUGAAAUGGCUGCAGCCACAGCAGGUAGGGAGGUUUGGGAUGAGGAAACCUACAAUUCUGCAGAAGCAAAACUUGAGUUGUUGCAUCAGAGCACGUGUGCUUCAGGGGACUUCAUGUUUCCCAGAACACGAGCCACCCAACCUUUGAAAAAGUUUUGCUCUCGUUGUUCAAAUGUGCUGUACAACUUCUCCUGCUUUCCAUCCUUUCCUUCAUGGCAGUAGCUGCUGUCAUCAAGGCCGAGCACAGGACAGAACAUCUACCCCCACUGCUGGUGAGCACAGCUGUACCUCCACCGCCCAGCUCCCCUCGCACUCCCAGCACCACACUUCUGCUCAUCCAGGGAACAGCAAUCAGCUUGCACAACAUCAUCACGCUGCCAUAAACGGAGCAGAAAGAGGUUGAAGGGAAUAAGAAUCAUCCGGUUUAAGGUUUUGGUACGUUUGCUUUUGAUAAUUGGCAACCUAUAGAAUAGAUUUUAAUAUACCUGAGCUACAAAGCAAUGUGAGACAAAGGGGAGGAAUAAAAGCCAGAAUGGACAGAGGCAGCACAUAA